AUGGAUCCGCGCGGAGCAGCACGUCGCCAGAGCGAAACACCUCACAGUCGACCACCGCUGAAAUCACUGCGGUACCAUGCCUCGUUCCAGACCACUGAUUGCGCUAGCGCCGCUACAGCUUCCUGUGUUCAAAGCGACUUCGAAGAUUCAUCACCGGCACUGAGUCGACAGUCCACUGUCGGUAUAUUUAGUUCCAUUGAUGAAGGCGUUGAAGUUGAUUUACAACGGAGUACAUCAUCACGAGCAGCAUUUAGCUCUGCAGAAAUGCUUUCCAGUGAUUCGACUGGGUCCGAUUCACUUGUUUCACCAUUCGAGUCAUUCGAUUCACAAACUGAAACGGACAUUUUGUCGAGCUUUUCGUCAAGUCCUCCAAACAGUGAAGGCAGUAACAAUAGUUCAGGUAAGCACUUUUCUGAACUUUUGCAUCUGGAUCCAAAGCGAUAG